GGUUAAGUAUUCUUCAUUUAAAGUAUUUUGUUUAAGCAGCUGCUUCCUUGGAGGGGCAAAAGUCUGAUUCGGCAGCUAUAGAAAGAGAAAUAACUGUGUAUUGAUAAGCCUGUCAGCAAGAGGUGAUGGUGGGGAGGUGAAAAUGGUGGACUUUGGACCCUCUUCCUUAGCUUUCUUCUCAGCUUCUUUGUCAGCGCUUCGGUUUUUGUCUCUUCUCUAAUGGAGAAUAUGAAGCUUGAUUUUGCACCUUUGGCCGUGCCCCUCCACAGGAGGCUGCAGACUGCUUCAGUGGCACAGUGGGUCUUCUCCUUCGUUGCCCUAGCACCCAUCUGCAUUGUGGUCUUCAUAUACCUGCUCUUCACUCGCUACUGGCUGGUCUGUGUUCUGUACGCCGCCUGGUGGGUCAUUGACUAUGACACGCCUGCACGAGGAGGCAACAGGGUGCCGUUCCUAUGUGGUCUCAAAAUUUGGGACUAUUUGCGGGAUUACUUUCCCAUCAAGUUGGUGAAGACAGCUGAUUUGGACCCCAAGCACAACUAUGUGAUGGGCUUCCAUCCCCAUGGGGUGCUGGUGGCAGGAGCUUUCACCAACUUCUGCACCUACUCCACAGGCUUCCGGCAGCUGUUUCCAGGUCUCACCAGCUACCUGCUCAUGCUGCCUCUGUGGUUCAGAUCUCCAUUCUUCAGAGACCUCAUCUUGUGUGCAGGUCUGAUUCCUUCAAACAAACAGUGUGCUCAAUAUCCGCUCCUCCAAAGGCGUGGUGGCCAUGCUGUCGUGAUAGCUGUUGGUGGGGCCCCAGAGGCCCUUGAUGCCCACCCUGGCUCCUUCAAUGUACUUUUGGCCAACAAAAAAGGCUUCAUAAAAAUGGCUAUGGAGCAGGGUGCCCACCUGGUGCCAAUCUUCUCCUUUGGAGAGAAUGAAGUGUACGAUCAAGUAGAAAACACAAGAGGAACCUGGCUGCGAUGGAUACAGGAGCGCCUGCAAAGGGUCAUGGGCAUUUCUCUGCCUCUGUUCCAUGCGCGUGGGAUUUUCCAGUACUCGUUUGGGCUCAUACCCUACAGACGGCCCAUCAACACAGUGGUUGGCCGGCCAAUUAGGGUGGAGAAGAACGAGAGGCCAACACCCGAGGAACUUGAUACUCUCCACCAGCUAUACAUGGACAAACUUAGCGAUUUGUUUGAGGAGCACAAAGCCAACUACGGAGUGGACAAGGACACACACUUGAACUUUGUGUAAGGUCGACUUGGAAAGAAGAGGAAUUGAAAUGAUAAUGUAUACGUGAAGCUCUGCUCCUGCAGGUUUUGAUGAGUCUACAUCUGAAGUCCUUUGUAAAUCUGAAUUUGCUCUUAAUGAGCCAGUCACACCUGAUGAAGUGAUUGCUUAAACACCAGUUUAAUAUUUUCAGCGUGCUUGUUUAUGUAGGAUUCAAUUAUAUUCUAGUUUUAAUGACUUAUUUCAAGUGUGUCUGCUUGUCUGCCUCAAAUCGUUGGCUUAAAUAAAAAAAUCUGAAUGUUCAUUGAGCGAUGAGA